AUGUUAAGUACAUCGUAAACUAGAAGUACCACUGAAACCAUAAGUCGUGUGAUAAUUGAUUAAAAAUACGUUAUUGUGAAAAAUAUUUACAAGGGACAAUAGUACAACCUCUACUUAGGUAAUAAAUGAUGAAGUUAAAAGAUAGUUAGCUAUUAAAAAAGAAUAGUCAGAUGAUAUCAAUUCAUCCAGUCACUAAGAGAAAUAUUACCUGAUUAAAAUGAAAAAGUAUAUCUCCUCAUAAUACCCUAGAUAAACAUAGUAGAAUGAGGCAAUCCCAGAACUCUAGUUUCUAAAUAGAUUAAAAGACUGUAACGAAAUCAUUUCCUACUUUAGUUAAUUGUGUUCCCUUUCUCAUUAAUCAUGGGGAGUAAGUGAUUAAAGGAUCCAAAUACCAUUAUCAGGUCAUGGAACGUCACGGUCCUUCCAUUAAACUAAUAUACAAUUAUUUAUCUAGAAAUAUACCAUUACCUAUUUUAUGCCUGAUUGCAAUUCAAGCGGUACUACUCCUAUGUUAUUUCUAGUUGACUUGUCUAGAGAUUGUUCACAAGCAUUAGAUUGUCCACAGAAACAUAAGACCCAAAAAAAUGUUAAUCUCUCUAAGUGGCAAUGAAAUUUUAUUAAGCGAUUUCAAAUAUGCUUGCAGGUUCAAAAAAUAAUAUGGAUCGCUGAUGGUAAACGAAAGCUAUAAAUUAAACUCAAACAAAUUAUUUCUAAACAAAUAUUCAAGUGUCAAUCAGCAUCUUAACCAAGGUAAUCAGUAAAAACAUUUUUAAGUUCCAACGCCCAAAGACGAUCUUGAAUCUUUAGCCUACAUCCUACUUAUGUAUGCCUCCAAUUCCACUGUAUUCUAAGUUAAAGCUGAGAACAAGGCACUUAAACUCAAAAAGUUGGAGAGCAUUAAAUUGUCAAUUAUUCCUGAAAUUGCUUUUAAAUAAGCUCCUCUUGAAUUCAUUCAUUUUCUCCAUCUAGUAAAGACCAGUAAUGCUAACGACUAUCCCUAAGAUUAUGAGAAAUUUAAGCAAUUAUUUAGAAAAAUCAUUUAACUUAGUGGGUAUAAUGAAAGAGAACUCUCAUACCCGCUGUUUCAUAUGAAUCUACAAGAAAAGACUCAGCAAUCCCAAUUUCAUAGUUAAACUAGCAAGUUUAAGAAAAUGCAACACCAAAAAAUGAGUUCAGAAUCAAUCAAAGAAGAAGAAGCAGAUGAUGAAAUGUCAGUAUAUCAAACGGAAAAAGUGGGUGAAGACAGAACUAUUGAACCCUUGAUUAAAGGAUUGGCAACAAAGUAAUUUAAACAUAUUUCUUUUUUAAAUUAACCUUAAGCUGCAUCAUAAAUUGUAAAACUCAAAUUUACUAAGAAAUGA